AUGCUACUACCCCCUGCCCGUCGAAUGAAGCUCCCCCUGCUUCCGGCAACCAGGUCCCUACCCUUGGCUGAUCCUCACUUCUGUGAACCCAACGAAAUAGACGUGCUUUUAGGGGCAGAGGUUUACGGAGAUAUUUGUUUGCCUGGAUUUAGAAAGGGACAGAACGGCGGCCCAUGCGCUUUUCGGACCAUCUUUGGAUGGGUUGUCCUAGGAAAAGUGAAUUCUUUAGAACCACCUUCUCCCUUUAGUUUUUGUACCACUGUGAGUACUGCUGUUGAUGUUUCUUUGAAGAGAUUUUGGGAACUUGAGUCCGUCCCUUCAAAGACCUUUAUGUCUCCUGAAGACAAAUUGUGUAGAUACGUCGUAUCCUUACCCUUUAAGGAUAAACACCCUUCACUUGGUGAAUCUUACCCUCAAGCCCUUAGGCGAUUCCAGUUGUUAGAGGCGCGUUUGGCCAAGAACCCAACUUUGCGAUUAGCCUACAACGAGUUCUUGAGAGAUUAUUGGGAACAAGGUCACAUGGCACUCGUUAGCGACCUGCCCCCCUCUCCCCUACUACUACAUUCCUCAUCACGCCCCAAAACUUCCAACGGACGGUCUCUGAACGAUCUUCUAUUUACGGGUUCCAAGCUCCAACCCGACAUUGGAGCCAUUUUGCUCAUCUUUCGACUGUACUGUGUGGUUUUCACCACCGAUAUUCGUCAGAUGUAUCGUCAAAUCCUAGUGAGUGACGCCGACCACCUCUUCCAGCGGAUUCUGUGGCGUUUUGAUCCCCGCGAAGCAGUGCGAGAGUACGUCUUGUCAACGGUGGUCUAUGGACUAAGUUGUAGCCCAUACCUGGCUAUUCGCGUGUUGCGUCAGCUUGCUAGGGACGAAGGAGCGCGUUACCCGUUAGCAGCCCGUCUCCUAGAUUGCCAAACCUACAUCGACGACAUUAUCGGAGGAACAGACUCGUUGGAGGAAGCCCGUGACUUGAGGGAUCAAUUAGUAUCGCUGCUAAAGCUGGGUGGUUUCGAGUUGCGCAAAUGGGCGAGCAACUCCCCCGAGUUAUUGAGUUCACUCCCCGCUUCACAUCAUCAACCCGUUUCCCUAUGCGGAGACGACAAUCCCAGUUUAAAGGUGUUGGGAUUGCAGUGGUGUCCCUUACGGGAUGUGUUCUCCUACCGCAUCCAAGUAACGGAUAGGACGUGCACAAAAAGGAAUAUUUUGUCGCAAGUAGCCCAAAUAUACGAUCCCCUAGGUUUUUUAUCCCCGGUCGUGUUGACUGCCAAAAUUCUCCUACAGAGGCUUUGGUCCCAAGGCGUCGAUUGGGAUGCACCUCCCCCCCGCGACAUAUUCGAAGAUUGGAGUUCGUUUUCGUCUCAGCUGGACAGUCUUUCUGGGCUGACAAUCCCUCGUCGGGUACUGCCUAGCAAUGGCGUCCAGGUGGAGACGCACGGAUUUUGUGACGCUUCGGAGCGCGGAUACGGUGCAGCCGUGUAUCUGCGAAGCGUCAGAGAGGGCCAUAUCUCUGUCACCCUUCUGUGUGCAAAGAAUCGGGUAGCGCCUUUGAAGCGAGUGUCGAUCCCCCGUCUGGAGUUGUGCUCAGCGUUGCUGCUCGCCCAACUCGUAGAUUUCGUCCGAUCCACUAUAGCCUCUGAGUUGACUAUCACGAGAGUAUUCGCCUGGAGUGACUCCAAAAUUGCGUUGUCUUGGAUAAAGUCCUCCCCCCACAGAUGGAAAACUUUUGUGGCCAAUCGCGUGUCCCUCAUUCAGGACAUCAUUUCCCCCAGUUCCUGGCAUCACGUCGCCGGUUCAUCCAACCCUGCUGAUUGCGCAUCCCGAGGGCUUUUCCCCGAGAAAAUAUUAAUCCACCCCUCUUGGUUCUGUGGUCCCCCUUGGUUGCGUCUUCCGGUGGAAGAGUGGCCCACCUCCGACUUCACCUCCGGAGAUGAUCUGGAACUGGAACGUAAACCAGUGUUGACUUUAGUUGACGCGCUUGGAGAACUGUUAACCCGUUUCUCGUCGUUACGAAAAAUUGAGAGGAUCCUGGCUUAUUGUUGUAGGUUUCUAAAUAAUUGUCGUACCCCCGUUCCCAAGCGAGCGCUUGAUAAUUUGUCUUUUGCGGACAGGUACCACGCCCGCACGUUGCUGACAGGAUACGUCCAACGUGAGGUGUUCGCUGGUUUGCUGAAGUGUCUUCGAAACGGUAAACUGUGCGCCAAACCUUUACGCUCCCUAGCGCCCUUUAUCGACGAGCACGGUCUCAUUCGAGUCGGUGGCAGACUCCGAGGUUCUGCGUUGUCUUUCGACGCAAAACAUCCUCUUCUACUACCUCGAGACCAUCGCUUUACCGAACUCGUGAUCGAAAAGUUCCAUAAGGAAAAUUGCCACCCGGGCCCCCAAUCAUUGUUGUACCAGAUUUCACAACAAUUCUGGAUUUUGUCCGCCCGCAGAGCAAUUCGUCACACCCUAUCGCAGUGUUACCGAUGCUUCCGUGUCCAACCUUCUUGUGUACAGCCAUUCAUGGCUGAUUUACCCCCCGUUCGUGUAUCGCAGGUCAAGCCAUUCGCGCAUACCGGUGUCGAUUUCGCCGGUCCAAUUUCCAUUACCCUGGCGCGAAGGCGCGGCGCUAAGACUCAGAAGGCUUACAUUUGCCUAUUCGUUUGCAUGGCUACCAAAGCCAUCCAUUUGGAAUUGGCUUCUGAACUCAGCUCAGACGCAUUCUUGGCCGCUUUUCGGCGCUUUGUCGCUCGCCGCGGGCGUUGCACUGACAUGUAUAGUGAUCAGGGUAGAAAUUUUGUCGGUGCUAACCGGUUGUUGGUACAGUAUUGCCAGCAGUCCGCCGACCAGUGUGAGGUGCGCUGGCACUUCAACCCACCCUCCAGUCCUCACUUUGGAGGUCUUUGGGAGGCCGGCGUCAAGUCGGUAAAGACCCAUUUGUUUCGUGUGAUAGGCGCUCAAAUCCUGACUUUCGAGGAAAUGUCGACAGUGUUAACUCAGGUGGAAUCCAUACUGAAUUCCCGCCCAUUAUGUAGUUUGAGUUCCAACCCAAACGAUUUGCAUAGCCUUACUCCUGGGCAUUUUCUGACCCUGGAGCCCCUAUCUGCCCCUCCCGACGACCCUUUAGCUAAUCUGAACACUAACAGACUCACUCGUUGGCAGCUCGUGCAGCAGUUGCAUCAGCACUUCUGGGACAGAUGGCAUCGGGAAUACCUCCACCAGCUGCAGCAACGGCACAAGUGGAACACCACGACUAACCCCCCGAAAGUUGGUCAGUUGGUUUUAAUUAAAGACGAGAACCUCCCCCCGUUAAAGUGGCUUCUGGGCCGCAUCACGCGCUUGUACCCCAGUUCCGACAAGGAAAUUCGCGUUGUGCAAGUGCACACGGCCAAAGGCACUUUCGAUCGACCUUUGGUCAAAUUAUCUUUUGUCCCUAACUGUUAA